GCAUUCCCCGUCAUUCUCUGGGCGUGAGUUACGCAGGUUUGCAGCCAGCCCCAAAGGGGGUGUGCUUGAGCCGAGCACUAUAAAUAGGGCGCUUCUCCGGUGCUCACCAAGCGUCACCAGGAGGAGCGCACUGGAGCCCCGCCGCGGACCGACAUUCCGGGACUCCAGACUCGGAGGGGGCCACACCAUGAAGAUUCUCCUGCUGUUCGUGGGCCUGCUGCUGACCUCAGACAAUGGUGUGGUCCAGGGACAAGUCUCUGACAAUGAGCUCCAGGAAAUGUCCAAUCAAGGGAGUAGGUAUGUUAAUAAGGAAAUUCAAAAUGCCGUCCAAGGAGUGAAGCAUAUAAAGACCCUCAUAGAGAAAACCAACGCGGAGCGCAACUCACUGCUCAACAGUUUAGAGGAAGCCAAGAAGAAGAAAGAGGAUGCUCUGGAUAACACCAGGGACACCGAAAUGAAACUGAAGGCAUUCCCGGAAGUGUGCAAUGAGACCAUGAUGGCCCUCUGGGAAGAGUGUAAGCCCUGCCUGAAGCAGACCUGCAUGAAGUUCUACGCACGCGUCUGCAGAAGUGGCUCGGGUCUGGUUGGCCGCCAGCUGGAGGAGUUUCUGAACCAGAGCUCACCCUUCUACUUCUGGAUGAACGGCGACCGCAUUGACUCCCUGAUGGAGAGUGACCGGCAGCAGAGCCAAAUCCUGGAUGCCAUGCAGGACAGCUUUUCUCGGGCAUCUGGCAUCAUGGACACGCUCUUCCAGGACCGGUUCUUCACCCACGAGCCUCAGGACACCCACUAUUUCUCACACUUUGGCUUUCCGCACAGAAAGCCUCACUUCUUAUAUCCCAAGUCCCGCUUGGUCCGCAGCCUCAUGCCUUUCCCACACUUUGGAGGCCUGGGUUUCCAGGAUAUGUUCCAGCCGUUCUUUGAGAUGAUCCACCAGGCUCAACAGGCUAUGGACGUCCAGCUCCACAGCCCAGUCAUCAAGUUCCCGGAUGUGGAGUCCUUAGGAGAAGGUGAAGAUGGCCGCACGGUGUGCAAGGAGAUCCGCCACAACUCCACAGGAUGCCUGAAGAUGAAGGACCAGUGCGAGAAGUGCCAGGAGAUCUUGUCUGUGGACUGCUCGACCAACAACCCUGCCCAGGCUCACCUUCGCCAGGAGCUGAACGACUCCCUCCAGAUGGCCGAGAGGUUGACCCAGCACUACAAUGAGCUUCUUCAUUCUCUCCAGAGCAAGAUGCUCAACACCUCAUCCCUGCUGGAGCAGCUCAACAGGCAGUUCAACUGGGUGUCCCAGCUGGCCAACCUCACCCAGGGCGAAGACCAGUACUACCUGCGCGUCUCCACCGUGACGACCCAUUCUUCUGACUCGGAGGUUCCCUCCCGUGUCACUGAGGUGGUGGUGAAGCUGUUUGACUCUGACCCCAUCACAGUGGUGUUACCUGAAGACGUCUCUAGGGACAACCCCAAGUUCAUGGACACAGUGGCAGAGAAAGCGCUGCAGGAAUACCGCAGGAAAAGCCAAGCGGAAUGAGAUGGAAGCAUUGCCCUCCCAGAUGCAGGGACCUCAAGGAGUGAAUCCGCCUGCUCUCCGAGGUCGCCACAGACCCCCCCCCCAGAGUGUUCCGCAUGUCUCCAGGCCAGUGGGCCUCGGGGUUCCAGCAGCUCCCCCUUCCUCUGGAUUCUGCACUCUAACGCCUGUACUUGCUGCUCACGGGAAGAGCCGUUUCCCCCCAUGCAACUAAUCCAAUAAAGCCGGCUUGUGAUCUGCGUA